UCGGAUUUACAGCCCCGCUUUGAUAUCCAGCCACGGUGAUAUCCUGCCACGGUGGUCCCUUGAAUCAGAUUACAGACUCAGCAUCAGAUCAUCGGAUUAUGUGUGACAUUGAGCUGCAAACAAAUACAAAAAAUGCUUCGGUGCUUUCCUGUUACGUCAUUUUACUUGCCGAAAAUGAUGGUUGGAAAUGCGGCUCGUCGAGUUGGUUUUUAUUUUUCGCCUUUGUUAAUCUUUGUCAUAUUCAUUCAAUCUCAAUGGUGGACGUCAAGCAAUCACCGGCCGACCUCUUGAAGCAAGAAGAAGAAACCCAGUUCACUUCAUUCAGUGCAGACGAUGCUCUGAGCUUGGGUUUGGCGCUGAUAGAAGCCGCUAAGCCGUAUAAGAAGCCUGUAGUGGUAGAUAUCGCAUUGGCCGGACAUCAAUUAUUCCACUAUGCCAUGCAGGGAACGGGUCCUGAUAACAAUGACUGGGUUCGCCGUAAAAAUAACACGGUGAUGCGGUUCCGCCACUCGAGCUAUUACGUGGGACGUUAUUGUGCGAGUCAGGGAAAGACCAUCGAACAAAAGUACUUUGUUAGUGAGAAAGAGUAUGCGGGUCACGGUGGUGCAUUUCCCCUUAUAAUUCGCGGAACUGGCGUGGUUGGUACCAUUACGGUGUCGGGACUUGCACAAGAGGAUGAUCAUAACGUUGUUGUACAGACUAUCGAAAAGUAUAUUAAGCAAUGCCAAAAGUAGUUACCUUCAGGAGACCAUGACCAUGCUGAUCGCCUAUUCCUUGGUUUCCGCCUUCAUUAAUUGGUGUCACGUCAAAAGUUUAGUAUUAGGACCAAAAAAGCUUAUUUUUUUUUUUUUGGCAGAAUCCCGCAAUAAGAAUGAAGUGUAC